AUGGCCAAGCAUUCGAAAAAGGCCAAAGGGCCGCAGCGCCCUCACAACGGUGCGGCUGAGCUUCAGAACGGCCUGAGCCAGAUCACCUCACAGAUCGAGGCGAAACUGAACGGCAAUCCCUACAAGCGAAAGAAUCCGCCCACGGAAGCCUCUGGGAAGCAGAAGCAGCGGAAGCAGCGCGAUUCCGAGGCUGCGCCGCCCGCGAAAGGCUCCAAGCCCGAUGACGACGACGCCAUUCUGGCCGAGAUCAAGGCCCUGGGAGGCGACGAGGAUGACUGGCGCCUGAUCAACGAGGUCGCUUCGGACGAUGAGGCGAUUGCUUCCGAGUCAAAGGCGCCGGUAGACAAGCGCCUGAAGGACGAACUGGCAGCUCUGUCAAAGGAGCUCGGCUUUUCUGGACUUGCGCCGGCAGAUGCUAGCGACGAGGAAGAAGAGGAAGACGACGAGGAUGAUGAAGCGGAAGAGGAAGACGACGACGAGGGGGCACAGAACCAUAUCAAGGCGGACGACAGCAAGAGCAAAACCAACGGCAAGACCAACGGCAAAAACACCAAGGAGCCCAAGGAAAAGGGCCCUGCAGAGAACGACAUGCGACGUGUCGAAGGCCUGAUCUUCGAGCCGCGCGCAGACUGGCACGCUGCGAGACUCGCCGCCCUGCCGGCGCCUACGGUGGACGAUAUUGGCCCCUUCAUGUCGGCCAUCAACUCGCUCAAGGAGCACGGAAAAUACCUGCUGGAGACGGAGGCGGCCAAGUACAGAACGACCAUCUUUGCGUCCUCGUCCCACAAGUUCCUUGCCACCAUCAUGACGUCCGGUACUCUUACAGACAAGAUCUCCGCUCUCACCCUGGCUUGUCAAGAGUCUCCCGUCCACAACAUCCGCGCCUUCGACUCCCUGAUGAACCUGGCGUCCAAGAAGAGCCGAGCGCAAGCCAUUGAGGCUAUAGGGGCACUCGUGGAUAUGCUUGGGCCUGGCACGCUGCUGCCAUCCGAUAGGAGGCUGAGGACGUUCCAAGCUCAGCCGGGGCUUCUGGGCUCACUUCAGCGGGCUUCCGUCAAGACCUGGGCGCCAAGCCAGCCGUUGCCUGGGAAAAUCACACAAGCACACCUGAUAUCUUGGGCGUACGAAGACUGGCUGAAGGAGACCUACUUCAAGAUUAUUCAGCUCUUGGAGGUCUGGUGCUCUGACGAGAUUGAGUAUUCCCGAAUCAAGGCCGUCGACUUCGUCUACGCCCUGCUCAAGGACAAGCCGGAGCAAGAGUCGAACCUCCUGACCCUCCUGGUGAACAAGCUCGGCGAUCGCGACCGGAAAAUCUCGUCACGGGCCUCCUAUCUCCUCCUCCAGCUGCAAAACUCUCACCCCGGCAUGAAGCCAGUCAUUGUGCGGACAGUGGAGCAGGAGAUUCUUCUCCGACCCUCGCAAGACCAUCGCGCACGCUACUACGCCAUCAACACUCUCAACCAAACCAUUCUUUCGAGCAAGGAGCCCGCCGUGGCCGAGUCUCUGCUUCGAAUCUACUUUGACCUCUUCGCUACGAUCCUCAAGACAGGCAAGCUCGGGAUGCCGAUAGAAGAUGAGUCUGGCAAGGGCAAGAAGCCUGGCAAGGGCCCGUCACCUGGGAAGCAAGCCGGUCAGAGAAAGCCGGCAGCCCCUUCGGUCCCAGAGGCCGAAGCAACUGACAAGCUUGUUUCUGCCCUGUUGACUGGUGUCAACCGCGCCGCACCCUUUGUUGGCACCAACGACAUGAUUAUGGAGCGCCAUCUCGACACGCUCUUCAAGAUUGCACACUCUUCCAACUUCAACACCGGCAUCCAGGCCUUGCUCCUGAUUCAGCACCUCUCCGCGGCGAGAAAUCUCGCCAGCGACCGUUUCUACCGGACGCUGUACGAGUCGCUGCUUGACCCUCGUCUCAUCACCUCUUCGAAGCAAGCGCUCUACCUGAACCUGCUGCUGCGCGCGCUGAAGAACGAUGUCGAUGUGCGAAGAGUCAAGGCUUUCGCCAAGCGAAUGCUGCAGGUGGCCGGCCUUCAUCAGCCCCCUUUUAUAUGCGGCUUGCUAUAUGUCAUCUCCCAUCUGAGGCAGUCAUUCCCAGACAUUUCGACUUUGGUUGAGGAGCCCGAAGAAUCCGUGUUUGACGACGAAGAGCCUGAAAACCGACCGACGUACGAUGGAAGGAAAAGGAACCCGGAGCACAGCAACGCCCACAGAAGUUGCCUAUGGGAAGUGAUUCCGAUCCAAAGCCACUUUCACCCUGCUGUCAGCAAGUUUGCCUCUUCGCUGUUGGAUAGGAAGUCGAAAAUGCUCAAGCCGGAUAUGGAGAGCCACAGUCUCAUCAGGUUCCUGGAUAAGUUUGUCUACAGGAAUGCAAAGGCCACCGAUUCACGCGGUGCAUCCAUCAUGCAGCCUCUCAAGGCCGCCAAGGACAUUGGCGACAUCUGGCUGGGCAGCGGGCGCACCAGCUCGUCCACGACGCAAGUCAACUCGGCUGCCUUCUGGAACAAGAAGGCGGAGGACGUUGCCGCGGAAGAUGUCUUCUUCCACAAGUACUUCCAGCACGUCUCCAAGGAGGCCAAGGAGCCUGCGAAGAAGGCGUCAGCGGCGGCUGGCGAAGACGGCGAUGAGGAUGCGGAAGAGGAUGAGAUCUGGAAGGCGCUGGUCAAUGCUCAGCCCGACAUUGAUGAGGAUGCCUCCGAUGCUGGAUUCGACGACAUGGAUGACCUGGACAUGGGUUCUGACGACGAUUCCUCGCCUGCCCUGUCGCUCGACGAGGCCGAUGACGACGAGGACGACGACGACGUUAGUGUGGAGUUUGGCGACGAGGACGACGAGGAAGCAUCCGACGACGACGACGGCUUGGUCGCUCCCGACGUGGCUGAUGAAGACGAGGAGAAGGGAGACAAGCGCAAGGCUCGGAGGAAGAUGCUCAAGGGCCUGCCCACGUUUGCGUCCGUGGACGAUUACGCGGAGCUGUUGGCUGGAGAGGAGGACUUGUAG